AUGACGGCUAGUAGUAGAGGGUGCAGUAGAACUGCUUCGAGAUUAUUAUACUCGUCAAGACCAACAAUUAUUCCUCGAAUCCAUCUCAAUACCUCAUGUAUACACAAACUCCCCACCUCAAGAACCUACGCUGUCGCAGCUUCAGCCUUUAAACCUCUCGAUGGACCAUCAUCUCAUCUCCCACAUAUCGAUUCUAUUCCUCCUGUAACACCAUCUCCAGGAGCAAUAACCUAUAAAAUUUCCACCGGAAUAAUCCUAAGUCGACCACCUCUUCUCACUAAAUCCGCAACACCUUUCGAAAAAGCAUUUUAUCUUUAUCAAAAACGUUUAAACGAAAGAUUGGUGUUACCAUUUACUCGAUACUUUUAUCAUAAAAAAGAUCAACCAGCAGAUAUAGAAUGGAAAGCUAAAGUUAAAGAAAGGAAUGGAGUUGCUGCGAGGGAUAUUGGUGGAUAUCGAGCUUAUGGAGAUGAAGGAUGGAAUGAUGAAGUUAUUAUUGGAGGAAAGGAUAGUAAAGUUGGGGAAUGGGAGAAUAUUGCUGGAAAACUUGUUGAAGAGGGAAUGGGAGAGGAAGGGGAAAGAGUUAAACUUGAGAAGAGAGAUGGUGUAGAGGAUAAGAAGAGUUUGGCAAGGAAAUUGGAGGAAACGGUUUAUUUGGUUGUUAAGGGAAAGGGAAAGGGUACGGAUAAGGAGGGAAAGGAAAUUGAUGUUGAUGUUUGGGAAUUUCCUAAGGGUGAUAUGGUGGGAAAUGAGGUUUUGCAUACGGCAGCUCAACGUAUCCUUACCGAAACCGCCGGUCAAAAUAUGAAUACAUGGAUAGUAGGUCAUGUACCAAUUGGUAGUCUCACAAUCAAACCUUCCAAAAAAUUCAAUAGAGAAGCAGAAAAAGUAUUCUAUAUGAAAGGAAGAAUUAUGGCAGGUCAAGCUGAUUUAAAGGAGAAUGCUUAUGGAGCUCAAGAUUUUAUGUGGUUGACUAGAAAUGAGAUUGAGGGAUUAGUUACGAGGAGAUUUUGGAGUCAAGUUUGUGGGAUGUUGGGAGUUGAUGUGUGA